AUGGACUCACCUGGGUCUCAGGGUGUCCCGCAAUUCUCCAGCUUCCGACCUCCCCCUACUUCUCUUCCGGCCGCCUCUACCGGCUCGGAACAUGACCGUCACCAGCGUCGCUCGGGCCAUCGUCAGCGCGCAGACCGGAACGAGCCUCCGCGCUCUCGUCGCCAUGAAAGCCGCUCGGAUGGUAGCCGUAAGAAGGUGAAGAUCGAAGAAAGUCAGGAUGGCCCGCCUGGCGAAGCAAUUGACGAUGUAAACCUUGCAAACGAUGGUGCAAAUAAAGGAUUCGUCUUCGACAGCAUCGGCGAUCGCCACAAUGCACGUUACGGCGUGGAUCGCUACGAGGUCCCUACGUACCGUCGCGAUGGCGAUGGGUUCGUACUUGGCAUCCCCGGCCAGCGCAUUGACUACAAAACGCGAUAUGAUCAAGGUCCCCUUCUCAUUCUUCGCCCUGAUUCAUUUGGAACCUCUGCAGUCAAGCCCCUCUCCGCCGAAACCCUGACUGCUUUGUCCACGAAUCUUCCUUUUCGGGUGCGGUCUGCUAUUAAUGCCCACUUUACUUCGGAACCCCAACAUUCACAAAAUUUCAUACCAACAACAAUCACGUCGUCUAAACCCGGGCUUGCGCCAAGUGUCGACUUGGGUGACGAACCUCCGUCAUAUCGCUCCAUCGAUAUGCCUCAGUCCGAAAAUGAAGUUGCUGGAGAUUUCGAUGCCAGCACCAUCACUCGGCUUGCUCUCGAAGCUGAGAUCUUGAAUCGCAAUGCCAGGUUAAACCGUGCAGUGGUGCAACAACCCAAUGAUAUCCAAGCAUGGAUCCGUCUUGCUGAGCAUCAAGACCUUGCUGUGACUGCCGACCACACCUCCCGUCACGGUGAUGUACAACAUGUACAACUUGUGGCGAGAGCCAAGCUGUAUGUGUAUGAAAAAGCUCUCAAGGCUAACGCAAAAAAUCCUGAACGUGACCACCUUGUACUGGCCCGUAUGGAAGAGGGUGCGAAAGUCUGGGAUUCUACCAAACUCGCAUUGGAAUGGGAUGAGGUCCUUCGCCAUAACUCCCAGUUUAUCUCCGUGUGGAUUAAGUAUCUUGACUACUGUCAGACUGAUAGUCGGGAUUUCAGCUUUGACAAUUGCUUUAUGACUUAUGUCUACUGCUUAAAGAUCCAUUCAAGUGUCGGAUUUGGACCGCAGAGGACUAUUAUCAGAGCAUACUUGCUCCUCCGGUUGACUAUGUUUCUUCGAGAAUCGGGGCAUGUAGAGCUUGCUGUCGGUAUAUGGCAGGCGGUGCUCGAAUUUACAUGUUUCCGGCCACCACAUCUAAAGGGGAAGCAAGAGGACGCCCUAAUUGAAUUCAAAAAGCUAUGGGCGCCUGAGCACAGCCGGAUUGGAGAGCCUCUUUGGAAACCAUGGAACAGUGGAGUAACUUCCCGUGCUCCUGUCAACAACGAUGUUUAUGCUUCUGAGGCGAAUAUCCAAGACUUGUUCAAAAGCUGGGUACCUGCAGAAAGAGAGCGGAUGUUCAAAAGUCGUAUGCCGUCACAUACUUUGGAUGAAUCAACAGAGAAGGAUGGUUUCCGAGUGGUUCUUCUUGAAGAUUGCGCGCAGAUACUGCCAUUCUUCUGGGAUCUAAACGAAGGCCUUGGUUCCCUGAUUGAUGGCUUCUUGUAUUUCUGCCAUUUGCCUCAUUUGACAUUGCCUGCGAAUAUGCAUACUACCCGACUGUGGACUGGUGAUAAUUUCCUACGAAACGAAUACAUGGACGAUCCUCAAAACACGAUCGCGGAUUGGAUCCAUUUUCAAAAACAUGCCUCAACGACCACCAUUGAGCCGUUUGCAUUCCCUCACCAUACCUUCAUUCACACCACCGAUACUCUUUAUGCCGACCCAAAGAUGUGGUUCUCUUCUCUGACGAAGUGGGCUGCAACCACUUCUCAUUCUUCUUGUGUCAUCGAUUCUGAAUUUGUAAUCCUGACUCUUCACGCCCUUGUCGACCUUGUCCCAGACAGCCAAUUUGCUGAAUACGCUAUUGCAGUGACAUUCGCGUGUGACAAGGAUCGAGGCAAGAAGUACGGAAAACGACUGUUGAAGGAGCGAUCAUCAAACCUGAGACUUUACAAUGCCGUUGCGCUCAUGUAUUGGCGCACUGGCGAUAGUGAUACCGCUCACAAUGUGUGGUCAACUGCUUUGUCCAUGAGCCAGAAUUUCGAUCCUCGCGAGCUCACUGACUCCGCACUCCUAUGGAACUCGUGGAUUUGGGAAAUGCUUUACAUCGGGAGAAGGGAUCGAGCAUCAUACCUGUUACAGGCUAUGCCUUACAAUAAAGUCCACUUGGCGUCGUACCUCGCAGCUGAUAAGGUUAAAAUGAAUCAGCCCGAUUUUCUCAGGUGCUUGUUUGUGGGUCAGACGAAUGCCUUGAAGUUUAAGAAAAUGCAAGCAUAUGUAGUUUACGUCGACUGCUAUGCGAUCGCCCUCUAUCUCACGGGCGAGCCACUUGCAGAAGUCCUCGAUAUCUACAAUGACGCAGUCACCUCCCUUCGACUCGUGGCCAAUGACAAUGCCAGGGUGAUCGGUGGAGAAUUGCUACACCAAGCCCGAGCCCGCAUCAUGUACUACUACGUGCAGAGGCAGAGUGGCCAAUUUAAACCUGCUGAGCUACGAACUGUGCUCCUCGAUAGCCUGGAAUGGUGGCCUCACAACACUAUGUUCUUAUCGUUGUUUAAAUGGAACGAAGCUCGCCUGCAGCUCACCGACCGGACCCGCGAUAUCUACGAUGUCACCAUUGGGGCAAGGGCCAGGGCCUCCCGGGAUCUACAGGGGCCUACACCAAUCCAUCGUGUCCCCGUCACCACCCACCUGUUCAGUAUCUACGCCGAGAUGGGUCGCCCCGUCAUGCUCGGCUCGACCCCGCAUUCGAUUCGGGCGGCCUUCGAGCGAGCGAUCGGUGAUGCCACCGUCAUCCCUAUCGGGCGGACCCCUACCCGUAUGAGUCCCUUCGAGCUAGCAAGCUCGACCUCCGCACAGCAGAACCUCACCAUCUGGAAGCUGUACAUUCUCUACGAACUGUACGCGGAGUACAACGUCGGCCGCGCCCGCCAGGUCUUCUUCCGGGCUCUGCGCGCCUGCCCAUGGUCGAAGGAGCUGUACCUGCUUGCCUUCGAGCACAUGCGGGCGGACUUGAUCAACCGCCUGCCCCCAUCCCGCUUCGCCCAGGCCGGGGGGAUCACCCCUCUGGGCUUCGACUCUGGAGAGCUUAAAGCUCUGUACUUUGAGAUGCUGCGCCGUGGACUUCGUGUCCACUACCACGUGGAGGGCAUGUUGGCCCAGUAG